AUGGUGCUACUUGCUGACCCCACCGGUGCACAUGCUAAGCUCGCGUGUGAGUGCUUUGCCUCGGUGUACCCCCGUGUGUUUCUUCACGUGUCUCAGGACCUUUCGCCCAUGAGCCGCCAUCUCUGGCAGAUUGUGUGUGCGAUCAAGGAGCGCAUUACCUUCACUAUCGACAAUGGUGCUCUGGGCGCACGUAUUGGCGCGGCCAAGGCAUGCCAGCGCUGGAUUCAGGUGCAAAGCACGCCUGACGGUGACCCACGCCUCCAAAACCGUGCCGAGAUCAACUUAAAUGUGAUUCCACGCGAACAUCCGUUCCUCCAGGCGCCUGAACUCGAGGCUGAGGGUGACCAAGUUUUCACGAAACUGAUUACGCUGCUGUUCACCAGCUCGGCGCCCAGCCUCGUCAUGGCCGUCACCCAAGUGCUCACGCGUCUGGCACGCUUGCGCACUAAGCUCAAUAAAGUGGUCAUCGAGUCAUUUACGAGCUGGACACCACAAAGUCUCGAUUCGCUAGCACCAGUGCACAUCCGCAGUGCCGAAAACACCAUUCGCCUCGCCAUGGUACACUUUUUGCAGCAUGGCUCAGUGGAACCGCAAACGACGCAGUUGACGCAGGCCCUCGAGAGGCAGAAGCAGCGUAUGGAUACUGCGGCUCGCGAGGCAUACAUGGCCCAGAAAGAGGGGCAGGGCCGCAAGCGCGACUCGCUCAAGGACUCGGAUCAAGCGAUGGCCAAGCGCGCGCGUGCUGCGACGCCUAACGAUCCGAGGCAGCCUCAGGGCAUGACUGCCGCAGAUCUCGCGCGCUUGCCGCUCAACAGUGUCGUGGACGCCAUCAUUGCUGGGCUGCAAAGCGUGCCCGAGGCGCGGCUCAAGACGGCCAUUGCUGAGUUUGUGCGUGCAUCGGCGCCGGUCGCGCCACAAGAACCUGUGGAUCCACUCAAGAUGGAUGUGGGUGACGACGAUAUCGCGCCGGUUGAGCCGGCUGCGCCCACAGCUGAGGACAGCACCCCGCUCAAGAGCUUGGAACACUUUGAGCUGCCGUCACCCGUGCCACUGGAGCAGCGCGAGGCGCAGGCCUUGAUUGUCGAUGCUGUAUCGCGCAUUUGCGAAACAGGCAGCCAGCUAGUACCAGCACAGGCGCUUGAGCGUGCGUCGGAAGGCCACGCAGCGCUCUGGAUCAAGCUUGCUGUGCGUCUCGCGACGCGCGGUCUCGAUACGACGGUGCAGGCGGUGCCGGCACCGGCACUCCCUGAGCUGCAAGCGCAGGCCGACAAAGUGCGCGGCUUGUUACUGGACUUUGUAUCGCAGGACUUUUGCGAGCGCCGCGGUAUUGCACAGCAGUGGCUCGCCGAGGAGUGGGCCUGCGAUCGCAUGCGCCAGAAGCACGGUAUGGAAAGCAGCGCCUACCACACUUGGCUGGACCGCAUCCUCGAUACACAGCUGAGCACGCCGCAAGUGGACGAUGUGGCGCUUGGCUCGUUCCUGCGCGAGCUGCCUGAGAUUCCGCUUGUGGUGCUGGAUCGCCUGUAUGAGCUGUGUCUGGAGCGCUCCACGAUUGGCGAAGGCUUUUCCCUGCUGCGUGACGUCAGCACGGCCAGGCCGCCGCUGCGUGUGCCGGUGUGCCACAAAGUGCUGCAGCUGACACGGCACAGUGAGCGGCUGGUGCGUGGCAAGGCCAUUGUAACCGCCCGCACAUGGGUCCUCCAGCGCGGCCCGCUGGCCGAGCCUGUGCUUGACUUUGCGCGCGAGUCGCUGCACCUCCUGGUGGAGGAGGCGAAGGCCCAUGACUCGGCCUUGGCCAAGGCGCCUGCAUCGACUGAGGCAGAAGAGGCGGAGGAGACAGCAGCGGACCCUCUGGGUCUGAAUGAGCAGGAUGUGCUGCGUCUCAUUGAGCUUGCACUUGUCUUAAGUGUGAAGCAGCCGAGUUUCUUUGCCGAGGUCGUGCGCAUAUACCCACUUGUGCCUGCGCCUGUGCAGGCAGCCAUGCAGAAGCACGUCACGCCGGUGGCCCGCUCCGUGGGUCCGAACAGCACAGCGCUUCUGGACGUGCUGCGCUACUACCCAGAUGGCGCGGAUACGCUGGUGGUCGCUAUUUUGCGGAUUCUCACCGAGAAAAGCCACACGCGCGCCUUGGCGGAGCUGGUGCAACACCUGUGUGCACACCGCGGGCUCGAUGUGGAGUUUUUGCUGCCGCUGGUGGCGCACCUCGACCGCGAGGCUAUGCUCGAGGCGCUGCCCAAGGUUGUGUCGGUGCUCAGCGACCCGACGGAGGAGCACAAAAUCGAGGUGCAUCACCUCUUCCAGACGCUCAUUGCGCCUGCGAUCCAGGCGACCGGUGCGCAGGGCGGUGGCGAACAACCGACUACGACGGCAACGCUGACGCCAGUCGACCUGCUGGUCCUGCUACAUGUGCACGAGAAAGAGAUUGGGCUCAAACCUGCAUUAGUCGCAGUGCAGAUUUGCUUUUCGAUGGGCGAGGUGUUCCGCAGCGAUGUGCUGACGGCCGUGCUAAACCGCCUUGUGGAGGAGGAACCUGUGCCUGUACUGUUCAUGCGAACGGCGAUCAUGGCAACCAAGUCGUUCCGUACGCUCGGCUCGUACGUGUCGACAUCGCUACUCUCGCGCCUCGUGCAGAAGGAAAUUUGGAAGGAACCGCGGCUAUGGGACGGAUUCGCGCUGUGUGCAAGUCUCACAGCGCCCACAUCGUUUGGCGCCAUGUUGCAGCUUCCGCUGCCCCAGCUCGAACAGCUGAUCCGCAAACAACCCACGCUGCGUGAUCCUCUACGAGACUAUUUGAUUUACAAGGCGGGUGGUCCAGCACGGCACGGCCCUCUUUUGAAUAUGCUCGAUAGUAUCGCCACAUAG